AUGGGCGAUGGGGGCGCCGAGUGCGACCGCGGCACCUCACGCCGGGAGUCGCGGAGCAGGCGCGGCGGGGACCGCGGCGGAGCGGAGGACUCGAGUGCUGAUGCCUGCGGCCGCAGCCCAAAGGAGACUGCCGGGACCUCCGCCUCCAGCCCCGCGGGCUCCAGGGAGAGCGGCGCCGACAGCGACGGGCAGCCGGGGCUCGGAGAGGCAGACCACUGCCGCCGCAUCCUGGUGCGAGACGCCAAAGGAACCAUCCGGGAAAUUGUCCUGCCCAAGGGCCUGGACCUGGACCGGCCCAAGCGGAGCCGCACAUCCUUCACAGCUGAGCAGCUGUACCGCCUGGAGAUGGAGUUCCAGCGCUGCCAGUAUGUGGUGGGCCGUGAGCGCACUGAGCUGGCCCGUCAGCUGAACCUCUCGGAGACCCAGGUGAAGGUCUGGUUCCAGAACCGCCGCACCAAGCAGAAGAAAGACCAGAGCAGAGACCUGGAGAAGCGGGCGUCCUCCUCGGCCUCCAAGGCCUUCGCCACCCCCGACAUCCUGCGGCUGCUGGAGCGGGGCCGGCUGCUGUCCCCGCCCAGCGCCCCUAGCCUUCUGACGCUGACCCCCGGCCCGCCGCGCCUGCCUGCCAGCCACAGGGGCGCCUCCUUGGGUGACCCCAGGAACUCGUCCCCGCACCUCACCCCGCUGACCUCAGCCUCAGCGUCGCCCCCGCUGCCGCCCCAUCCGCCAGCCCUCUGCUUCUGCACCGUCCCGCUCCUGGACCUGCCUGCUGGCUACGAACUGGGCUCCUCGGCCUUCGAGCCCUACAGCCGGCUGGACGGGAGGGUAGGCAGCCCCGGCGGCGGCAAGAAGGCCAGCGCUUAAGUCUCCGCCCCCCGUGUGACACUGGGUCCCCAAGCACAGCACCACCCUG